UUGGAAUUCAAUAUUCGCUCCAAAUCUUCUCCACUUCUCCUUGCUCAUCGUUUCUUCUGAAAUCUCCCUCCUCUUUGUAACACUCUAAACCCUAAUCAAAAUAUUAAACUUUCUCACCAAUGACUUCUGCAAAGAAAUAUUACAAGGAGAAAAUCGCUCGUCGAAAAGAGGAGAAACCGGAGGAGCCGGAUCAACCAAAAUAUCGGGACCGAGCUAAGGAGAGAAGAGAGGAUCAGAAUCCUGAUUAUGAAGCUACAGAAUUGGGCUCGUUUCACGCUGUCGCUCCUCCCGGCACUGUUGAUAUUCGGUCAGCUGAUGCGCAAAAAUUAUCCAUCGAGAAGAGCAAGUACCUUGGAGGUGAUGUGGAGCACACACAUUUGGUGAAAGGGUUGGAUUAUGCAUUACUUAACAAGGUGAGAAGUGAGAUUGACAAGAAGCCAGAUGCUGGAGAUGAAGCUGGUGGAAAGUCUAGAGCUUCAAAAGAAGACAACAAAGUGUCAUUUCGGACUGCAAUUGCUAAGUCAGUGUAUCAAUCUAUAGUCAAGCCUCAAACUGUUAUCAAGACAAAUGAGAUGUUCCUUCCAGGUCGAAUGUCCUUUAUUUAUAACAUGGAGGGUGGAUACACUCAUGAUAUACCGACUACCUUGCAAAGGAGUAAAGCUGAUUGUCCUGUUCCAGACGAAAUGGUUACUGUUAGUGUUGAUGGUUCUGUGCUAGAUCGAAUUGCUAAAAUCAUGACAUAUCUUCGCCUUGGAUCAUCUGGAAAGGUUCUCAAGAAGAAAAAAAAGGAAAGAGAUGCAAAGGGAAAGACUGCUACUGUUGUUGGUAAUGAAUAUGAUGAAGAUGAUAAACCAUCAAAACCUAAUGGUGGAAUACCAAAUAAUAGAACUGAAAGAGAGAUCUUGCCACCGCCUCCACCACCUCCCAGGAAAAGUCAUACUGAUUCAAUAGAGAAUCAAGGUCCAGCUGUUGCCAGGACAGAAGAAGAAGAUAUAUUUAUGGGGGAUGGUGUUGACUAUGAGGUUCCUGGUAAGGACAUGAGCCAAAGCCCUGUUUCUGAGGAUAUGGAAGAGUCUCCUAGAAAUAAGGAAAAAGUUUCCUACUUCAGUGAACCUGCUUAUGGUCCCGUCCCACCUGCUGCACCUCAGGGCUGGGAAGAUAUGAAUGGAUAUGAUGCCAUGCAAGCACAAGCGUUGGCUGGUGGCUACCAGGGAGAGUGGCAGGACUACCAAUAUGCUGAACAAUUGGCUUAUCCUGAACAAUACCUACAACCAGACAUGCAGGAUUAUGAUAUGCAAGCAGGUUUGAACAUGCCACAAGAUCCACGCUUCAUGACUCAAGAAGAAAAGGAUCGGGGCUUAGGUUCUGUGUUCAAGCGAGAUGAUCAAAGGCUUCUACAAUUGAGAGAGAAAGAUGCCCGAGAGAAGGAUCCCAACUUCAUCUCUGAGAGUUAUUCUGAAUGUUAUCCUGGGUAUCAAGAGUAUAACCGUGAGAUUGUGGACAGUGAUGAUGAAGAUGACUUGUCAAAAAUGGAUAUGGGUGGAAGGGCAAAGGGUCGUCUUCAUCGGUGGGACUUCGAGACAGAAGAGGAAUGGGCAACAUACAAUGAGCAGAAGGAAGCCAUGCCAAAGGCUGCCUUUCAGUUUGGUGUGAAGAUGCAAGAUGGGCGUAAGACACGGAAACAGAACAAGGACCAGAAACUUAAUAAUGAGCUGCACAAGAUUAAUAAGAUAUUAGCUAGAAAGAAGAUGGAUAAGGACGGUGGUGAAGGGGGCCAUUAUGAUGAUGAUUUACAACCUGGGAAAAAGGCUCGAGUAUGA